AUGCCACCUGUCGAGUAUACGAGUUAUGAAAAUUACCUGGUAGCACGACAAGCAGUUGCAGAAGCAACUACAAAUAGACUCACACCAACAGAAGAUCAAAAGAUCAUUUUGAUCAUCAUUGGUGUUUACACAGCAGCCAUCUUGAUUCUAUGGAAUAUGCCGAUAGCAAAGAUCGUUUUGUCGCCUUUCAAGUUACUUACAGUUGGUUUGCACGAAUUUUCCCAUGCAUUUGUGGGGUGCCUUACUUGUGCCAAGAUUGAAUCAAUUGAAAUUGAUCCAGAUGAAGGUGGCGUCACUAGAAUGCGAGGCGGCAUCCCAAUGUGUACCUUACCUGCUGGCUAUUUGGGAUCUUCAUUGAUUGGCGCUAUCUUGGUUAUGUGCGGAUUCAACAUCAUGGCAUCCAAGAUUGCAAGUAUCUUUUUGGGUGUGUGUUUGUUGUUUACCUUGUGGUGGGCCAAGAAUUGGUUGACAAGAGGCAUUGGACUCUUGUUCAUUGGUGUCAUGGUAUUUUUGUGGUGGCUGGCUCAUGGUGUAGGCUUACGCUAUUUUGUUUUGUUUGUUGGUGUCAUGUCUUGUCUUUAUUGCCUGUGGGAUAUCCUGGAUGAUUUGGUAUUUCGAAAAGUGCAUGAAUCGGACGCAUCUAAAUUUGCUCAAGUCUGUGGGCAUUGCAUGUCCAGUCGAGUUUGGGGUGUGUUUUGGUUCAUUAUCAGUUUGGUGUUCUUUGUAGUCGGUAUACUGAUUGGUUUAGCUGCGUUCAAGGAGGAUCAACAAACUCAACAACAACAAGCACAGGGAUUUGGUUGGUAA